GGGCCGGGAACCGGGACCGGGAGGGCGGCCACUGCGCCAUGGCCGAGUCCCAGCUGAGCUGCCUGGACGAGGCGCACGUGAACGAGAAGGUGAGCGAGGCGCAGGCCGCAUUCUACUACUGUGAGCGGCGGCGGGCCGCGCUGGAGGCGCUGCUGGGAGGCGGCGAGCAGGCCUACCGAGAGCAGGUCCACAAGGAGAGGCUGCGGGACUUCCUCUCCAGCCCGGAGCGCCAGGCCCUCCGCGCAGCCUGGAGCCCCUACGAGGACGCCGUCGCCGGUGCCCGCAGCAAGAGCAAGGCCAAGGCCAAGGCCCCCGCGCAGACCCCUGCCGAGCCCGCCGAGUCCCUGGCCUACUGGCCCGACCGCUCCGACACCGAGGUGCCCCCGCUGGACCUGGGAUGGACCGACUCCGGCUUCUACCGCGGCGUGAGCCGUGUCACCCUUUUCACCCACCCACCCAAAGAGGAGAAGGCGCCGCACCUGAAGCAGGUGGUCAGGCAGAUGAUCCAGCAGGCUCAGAAGGUCAUUGCGGUGGUCAUGGAUCUCUUCACUGAUGGGGAUAUUUUCCAAGACAUUGUGGAUGCAGCCUUUAAACGCCGGGUCCCAGUGUACAUCAUCCUAGAUGAAGCAGGGGUGAAAUACUUCCUGGAGAUGUGUCAGGGCCUGGAUCUUGCUGACUUCCGUAUUCGGAAUAUACGAGUCCGCUCAGUGACAGGCGUUGGCUUCUACAUGCCCAUGGGGAAGAUCAAAGGGACACUCUCAUCCAGGUUCCUGAUGGUAGAUGGCGACAAAGUAGCCACUGGAUCCUACAGGUUUACCUGGAGUUCCUCUCACGUGGACAGGAACCUUCUCUUGCUCCUGACAGGGCAGAACGUGGAGCCCUUUGAUAUAGAGUUCCGGGAGCUGUAUGCCAUCUCUGAGGAGGUGAACCUGUACCAGCAGCCGGGCUUGGCAGGCAGAAUUGGCCUCAACUACUCCUCCACUGUAGCUCGAAAGCUUAUUAACCCCAAGUAUGCCUUGGUGGCAGGCAGCCGCCCCCCUCCAGGAGAGAUGAUGCGCUGGACUACACGGCAGCAGCGGGAGGCUGGUGGCAACCCAGAGGGACAAGAGGACAGUGGCAGAGGUUGCGAUUCUUCCCGGCGCCUGGAGCGCUUUCUCAAUGACCUGGUUACAGUGGAGCAGGUGUUGCCCACAGUGGAGCCCAUUCCUCUUGGUUUACAGAGACCUAAGGACAGCAGGAUGGUCUGUCAUAUGCAAAUAGACCCAAGGCACAAAUCCCGAGAGGUACUCCCCCAGAAUGGCAAGGGAGAAACUGCCAAUGGAGAGGCCACCCUAGCCAAGGAGGGCAAGCGCUUCAGCAGCAAGCUCUUCAGCCGACGAGUAAAGAGGACUGCUGUGCCCAAUAUGGACAGCUCCCCCUCCACUGAGACCUUUACUGAUGUGGAGUGUCUGCCAGGGAAGAGGCCCAACGAAGGUUCCAGUACCAACAUCUCAGGUAAAACAAGUCCCAGUUCUACCAAGCCCAACAAUUGUGUGAUUUCCUGAGCUGCAGGAUAGUGGUGGGCAGAACCUACAGAUGCCUACCGUUCCUGUCCUGUAUUGUGGAGAGCACAGACUGUACCCUGCACUGGUUCGCCCAUCAGAUCUUGACCAGGCCUCCUACCUUGCAGCCUCCAUCCUGGUCUCAGGGCUGAAUCCUAGAUGGGAGGUUUCGAAGUAUCUCAUCCAUCACACGCCUCCAGCAGACUGUUGUAGCCGGCCAAGGAAUACUGCUACCUUGUUUACAUGAAGUGAGAGCUUGGCUAGGACCAGCUCUCCUUUAUAUCAACCUCUUCUCCACUGGAUCAGCCCCAUGCUACAAGUCCCCAGGUGGGGCAAAUGCCAUUCUUUCUGCCUCAGCGGGUCAGGAGCUCCAAGGCAGCUCCAACCACCUGACUUUUUCCUUGGGCUUCCUGGUGCUUUCUGGUCCCACCUACCUCAUAGGUUGGUAAAGAAAGUUAAGAAGUUGGGGCUCUUAGCCAGUCUUGCUCCAGCUUUGAAGCUCCAGGUAGAAGAUGCAACUGGGUCAUUGGCUAUAGUAGCCUUCCUGGCCCAGUCCCUGCUGGCUCUGAGUGGACUGGGAGAAAGAUGCUACAGCCACCCUCCAGCCAUUGGUAGAAUCUGGCACUGCCAAUGUGAGAGCCCCUUUCCCUCCCUCCGUACUGUAGUAGCCUACGUGCCCUGGGCCUCCUUGGCUGAUGCCUGCUGCAGGGCUCUGGGCUUCUUAGAGUGCCUUUCCCUGGGCCUACUCCUUCUUUCAGUAGCCCUUGGGUUCACACCCUGGUGUAGGGUGAGGGUGCAGGGGAGGAGGCAGGGCCCUGUAGACAGGAGCAUUUGCCCCUUUCCUCCCCAAUGGUCUUUAGCCUCCUUCACCUAUCAGGACUUCCUCAGUUAAAUUUCAGCCAGACUAGCCUCAGCCACCUGCAACACAUCAGGCUUUCUUGAACACCUCCGUUUUUCUAAAGCAGAUUGUCUUAAUUGGCACAGUUCUGAGCCAGGGCAACCAACUAGCAACCCCACACUGCAAACCCCCAAUGUAGCUACCUGUUGGGGCUGAGGGCUGAGGAAGACUGUGCAUGGGCACUGAAGACAUUACCCAACUGUGACUCUAGGUCAGCCCUACCUGGGCAGGCAGAAUGAUAAAGGGGCAAAGGACCACAUGGCAGCCCUUCUCUGCCUCUGAACCAAACUCUUGCCCUCUUUCUUUCCUUCUGAAAAGCCCAUAGAUACCACUAGCACUGGGAGAGGAACACAGGCACCUGCCAGGUCACUGUGGGCUGUACAUGGUGGCCUGUGUAUGAGUCUGGUCUCCCUGCUGGUGGGAAGGAAGGAAGAAGAGAGGCCUGAACCCAGGGUCCCCUUUGUCCACCCUGAAGUUAUCCUCCAGAAGUGGGAAAGGGCUCUCAUUCUGUAUCCUCAGCCUUUGCUUUGUGAGAAUUAAACAGUUCUAGUAACUGUGUCCUUAUAAAAGGCUA